UACACAAACCGGUUCUCAUCUUAUUCCAGCCGCAAAGCAAUCGUAACCCUAAGUUGGAAAACCUUAUCCCUAAACCUGCAGACACCCCAGAUUAUUUCCCUACGUUGUUCCACAAUUCCAGUCCAAGUUGAAGAAUGGGUAUCCGUGGCAAAGGCAGUUUGGAUCGUUUAAGAACGAUAUGGACACCCGAAAUGGACCGAUAUUUCAUCGACCUAAUGCUGGAACAGCUCAACAAGGGCAAUAGAUUCGAUGACCAUGUGUUCAGCAAAACGGCAUGGGUGAACAUGAACUCAUCGUUCAACGAGAAAUUCAAGUUCGAUUACGAAAUGGAUGUGCUGAAGAACCGGCACAAAACGCUGAGGAAUGUGUACAAAGCUGUUAAGAAUCUGCUGAAUCAGAAGGGUUUUAGCUGGGAUGCUACUCGACAAAUGGUGGUCGCUGAGAGUAAAAUCUGGGAUGAAUAUGUCAAGGUAAACCCAGAUGUUCGUCCUUACAGACUGAAAAGUCUUCCAUACUAUGAUGAUCUUUGUGUUAUAUAUGGAGAUAAUUUAGCUGGGAAAAUGGGUUAUAGUGUGCCGGAGACAUCAUCACACUUGGGUGAGGACAAAGAAGGAUCAGCCGCUCGAUUAGAAUGUGGUGAUGAUGGAACCGUGGAGGCUGUUCAUGAAAUUGUAUUGGGUGAAGAAUGUGUUUCCGUUCCCCUAGAAGUGAUGGAUGCAUCGGAGAGUACGCCAAUUGCAACAGCAAACCCACCUUAUGGUCGUAAUAGGAUGUACUGGCAACCACCGAUGGACCGGUUUUUCAUUGAUCUUAUGCUUGAGCAAGUGCACAAUGGGAACCAGAUUGAUGGUGUAUUUUGCAAGCAGGCAUGGAUAGAGAUGAUUGCUUCAUUUAAUGCGAAAUUCGGUUCUAACUAUGACAUGGACAUACUAAAGAAUCGCCUUAAAACUCUAAGAAGGCAAUAUAAUGUUAUCAAGAAUAUUCUUCAACUGGAUGGAUUUGCCUGGGAUGAUGAACGUCAAAUGGUGACUGCUGAUGAUAGUGUAUGGCAAGACUACAUCAAGGGGCAUAAGGAUGCACGACAAUUCAUGACCCGACCGGUGCCGUACUAUAAAGACCUGUGUUUGAUAUGCAGUUCCCCUGAUAACAGUGAUUGCUUUGCCCUCCAAUGUUCCGAACCAGAAAACGUGGAUCGAGAAGUGAAGCCACUGCAGGCACCUAAGUUUUCUCAGUCUCCUGUAGCAUCUGUUUCGAGUGAAGGUGAAAUCGGUUACUUGCUGGAGCCAGCAUGUCUGGAUUCAAACACAACCGGGUCUAACCAUAACUACAAACGCCAACUAGAAAACAAGUCGAGUUCUGUACAUUCAAAGAAAUUACGAAGCGAAUAUGACAGUAUGGCCAGUGUGCUUCGAGAGAUGGCAAGUGCUGUUUCUUCUUUAACGGAGAAGAAGGAUGACGGGAACUCAAACCCCAUCUCAAUAGAGAGUGUAGUUACAGCAGUACAGGCGUUACCGGACAUGGAUGAAGACUUUAUACUGGAUGCAUGCGACUUCCUGGAAGAUGAAAUAAAAGCAAAAACUUUUAUGGCACUGGAUGUCAAACUGCGGAAGAAGUGGCUGUUGAGGAAGCUCUGUCCUCCUCAGUGAGUUUAAUGGAGUCUAGUCGAUUGUACUUCUAUUCUUUAGCAGAGAUUAGGCACAGAGUUAUACACAGAAGCAUAUGCAGAUGGUAGAGAAAUUCUGAAAAUUUUCUAGGAUGUCUGUACAUACAUAGA